AUGUAUGUGAAAUGGUUUGAUACAGUAAUGUUAUACUAUGCGAUUUUAGUGUAUUUAGUGAAUGUCGCUUUUAACAUUUUUGAAUCUCCCGCCAUUCCGUCCCCGUACGUCCCGUACCUCCCGACGCUCACAGGGAGCCCAGAAGACGGAUGCCGGCAUCGGUCGGAGGAGAUGGCCAGGGACGCUGCAGGGGGCACAUUGCGGGAGCGAAGGACAAGGUAAGUGCAAGAGGGAAUCCUUGAGCAACGCUGCAGGGUAUUCCCAAGUGUAGCUCGGGGUAAAGUUUCAGCACCACAAGCGGUAACCCCGAGCUACACUCGGGAUUACCCUGCAGUGUUGCUCCGGGAUCUCU